GAGGCAUAUCCCGAGGGCUGUUGCUUUUAUAAAUUUACCCACAACCAGAAACAGCAAGGAGCAACGAAUCUGAGCUCAGUAUGAACGGCGAUACGUAUUCGUCCAGAGACUCUGGCCGCUCCAGGGAUUACUACCGCGACGAGCGACGAGAGCGCGGAGACAGAGGAGAUAGAGGAGACAGAAGACGUUCGAGAUCCCCCCACUACAGCUCUAGAAGUUCCCGACGCGAACAUGAAGUAGAUACGUACUCGUCGAGCCGUGACUAUCGCGCCAGAGAACGGGAGGACCGCUACUCCAGCCGGAGGGAUGAUCGUGAAUGGGACCGAGACCGCGGCGCAGACCGCGGUGGAGACCGUGGCGAUCGCCGACGCAGAGACUACGAUGAUCGGUCAUCCGACGCGAUAGGGAUCGAGGAGAUUUGUUCGAAGAAAGACCUAGACGAGAUGGCAGAGACCGCGACCGUGAGCGCGACCGCGGCGAUCGUGCCGACCGCGGCGGCGGCGGCGGCGGCGACAGGAGAGAAAGGCGAAGGACCUCCUGGUUACGAGAAUGUGACUGCGGAGCAGGCCAAGUUGUCAGGCAUGUUCCCGCUUCCUGGUGCCCCACGACAGCAACCCAUGGAUCCUAGUCGCCUGCAGGCUUUCAUGAGCCAGCCCGGUGCUGGAACGGCAGAGAGCGCCUCCCUGAAACCAUCCAACUCCCGCCAGGCCAAGCGCUUGUUUGUAUCCAACCUUCCUGCGAGUGCAACGGGAGAGAACUUGCUGUCUUUCUUCAACCUUCAGCUCAACGGCCUGAAUGUCGUUCACAGUGUGGAUCCCUGCAUCUCAGCCCAAGUGUCCGAUGAUCGUAGCUUUGCACUCCUGGAAUUUAAGUCGCCGAACGAUGCUACAGUCGCGCUUGCUUUCGACGGAAUUACGAUGGAUGAGAAUGAAGCCUCCGGCAACGGAGCGGCGAAUGGAGCACCCCAGGGCCUUGAAGUACGGCGGCCCAAGGAUUACAUUGUUCCCAGUGGCAAUGAGCAGGAAUACCAAGAGGGCGUAUUGCUGAACGAGGUUCCUGACUCGCCCAAUAAGAUCUGUGUCUCAAAUAUUCCUCAUUACAUUCCGGAAGAGCCUGUCACCAUGCUUCUGAAGUCCUUCGGCGAGUUGAAGUCUUUUGUUUUGGUUAAGGAUAGCUCAACGGAGGAGUCUCGGGGAAUUGCAUUCUGCGAGUACGCUGAUCCUAAUGCUACGAGCAUUGCCGUGGAAGGACUCAAUGGCAUGGAACUGGGUGACAGACAUCUCAAGGUUGUGCGCGCCAGUAUUGGAAUAACGCAGGCCGCCGGACUCGACAUGGGUGUCAAUGCGAUGUCGAUGUUUGCCAAGACCACUUCUCAAGAUUUGGAGACCAGCCGUGUGCUGCAGCUGUUGAAUAUGGUGACGCCCGAGGAGCUCAUGGACAACGAUGAUUACGAAGAAAUCUGCGAUGAUGUGAGCGAGGAGUGUUCGAAGUAUGGUCAGGUAGUUGAAUUGAAGAUUCCCCGUCCCUCCGGCGGCAGCAGACAGUCUCCCGGUGUGGGCAAGAUCUUUGUCAAGUUCGACACGGUGGAAUCAACAACCAACGCGCUCAAGGCGCUUGCUGGUAGGAAGUUCUCUGACCGGACCGUGGUGACGACCUACUUUUCUGAGGAAAACUUCGAUGUGAACGCCUGGUAGUGUAGAUGGCGGGAAUGGACAUUGUUCAAUUGCUCUAGUUUUUCUACAUUAUUGACCAUUAAAGAUGCUUAAUCGAUCAGAUUCCCUGGGUUGACCGGACCUGGUGCAGGCUGGGGUUAUACAUUUAUUGCGUGUGUAUCAUAGCGAGAGUAUGAAAUUGGAGUGUAUCAUCUAACGCGAUUAUGAUUGUAGAUCUGUCACUAACAGGUAACAUGUGGAUCUAUCGAACGG